AUGCCUUUAGUUGCCACCCCAAAUUUGCGACGCCUGACAAACUUGUCGCAAAAAUGGGUGUUUCCAGCGCACCAGGUCGCCGGAAGAAGAGUUGGCGGAUACAGAUACAUUUCGGUGCAAGCGACGCCAGCCACAGACAGCAGCAAAAUUAAUGUCGUUGGAAAAUCAAUGUCCGCAGCUUCACCGGAUGCCACCUUCGAAGUACUGGGAAGCCCCUACUCGCUACUGUCUGUCGCUCUUUCUCCUUCUCAAGACCUGCAUACGCGUCGAGGAACACUGGUUGCUUUUGCAGGAGUCCCGGACUCUACUGUCUCAACUCUGCGAAUCCUCAAUCCGAUUCGGCGCGCCCUGGUCGGGAUUCCUUUCCUGUAUCAAAAGAUUACCUCAACGUCCUCAAUACAUGCUCUGAUAUCUACGAGGUCACCGUUGACCACGCUUGCGAUUCUUCAACUGGAUGGGACGAUAGACUGGAAGUUGGCACAAAGAAAAGCUUUGUUGGCAUGGACUGGAAAUACUUUGCUCAUAAAACCAAGUUUGAGCACAAAACUCUCCUUGGCCUACUGGGGAAGCUCCGACGUGAGCGGAAGAGGUCUCCUCGCCCUGGCGGGCCAGGGGCAGGUCUAUUCAAUUGAACUUGCAGCUGGAGAGACCUAUAUCGUCCACCCUUCGAACAUACUAGCCUACUCGGCCUCUUCGCCUUCUCCCCUGCCUCAGCCCUAUCGAUUCAAAUCUACCAAUGUUCGAUUUCAAAUCCCGCUUCAACUUGGCAACUUCUUUCCCUCAUCAAAGUUUGUGGAGACUUUGAAGACCAGCGACACCUAUAAAUUUGUUGCCAAUUUGCUUUUGAGGAUACGAAUGUGGAUCCGAAGAACUAUUUGGGGCGACAGAUUAUUCUUGCGGUUUCAAGGUCCCACGACGAUCUUAAUUCAAAGCCGAGCCGCCAGGGUCAAUGAUGUAUUGACAGCCCAGGAGGUAAAUGAAAUCGCCGAUGCUCCGGCUGGAGUCGUUCAUGAGGCCAUCAUCGCGUCCCAAGAAGUGAAAGGAAGGUCUGAAGGAGCUACUCAAUCUGCGCCGACGUAUUUAUCAAACAAACCGCAGCCAAAACUAUCAGUUGCGAGCGUCAGCCGCGAUGGCAAGGUAUCUUUCGAAACCGCAGAUCUUGCUCAGGCUAAAAAUUAG